UAUAGCGGUUGUUUGGAGUUCUUUUUCGCCAUCUUCAAUAUGUCUCUAUCUGCCUCAAGUCUUAAUUCAAUUGUCCGUACUAUUGAUCUUAUAUUGAAUGGAUCCAAUUAUAGUCUGUGGGCUCAGAAUAUGAAAGUCUUUUUAAAAGGACGUCGGCUAUGGCGUUAUGUGACUGGAGCAGUCCCUCAACCUACGCCGGGAGACGGUGAGAAAGAUGAUGCCUUUGCAUCUUGUCUGGAAGAGUGGGACAGUAUUCACUACAAAAUUCUGUCUUGGUUCAUCAACACUUCCGUUCCAUCCAUCAAUAGUCUUCUUCCAUGACUUGGGAAUGCUAAAGUUGCUUGGGACUUUCUGACAAAAAGAUACAACUGCACAUAUGAUGCUUCAUUGGAGUUUCAACUGGAAGCUAAACUCUAUCAGAUGCGUCAAGACCGAGGUCAGUCUAUUGCUGAUUUUUAUUCUCAAACUAAUCAUCUUUGGGAACAAUUAUCUGCCGCAGACCCUAAGUUGGAAUGUUCUAAAGACAUUCAAACAUUUGCCACUUGGCUUGAUCGACGGAAGUUUAUGCACUUUAUGAUGGCUCUUCAAGAUAAUUUUGAAUCUACUCGAGCUUCUCUUCUUCACCGUCAGCCACUUCCAACAUUGGAUGCUGCAGUUGCUGAACUCAUCUCUGAAGAAACUCGACGUUCCACUAUGCAGAUGCAAUCUUCUGACAUGGUUAUGGCCACCGCUUCUAAUGGUGCUUCUCAGUCUUUUGCUGGACGUUCUUCCUCUCAAUCCACCUCCAAGCCUGGUUUUUGCAAGUGGUGUAAACGAACUGGUCAUACCAUCGAUGAAUGCCGCAAGUUCCAGUAUUCUAAGCAGAAAAGAGCUUCCCAACAAACAGCUGCGAUUGCUUCAUCUGAUCCUCCUGUACUUGAGACUCCACCUCAGUCCACUUCUCUUACUGCAGCUGACGUGAAGGACUUAAUUCACCAGGUUUUGUCCCAAUCCUCAACUGCCAUGUCCGUCACCCCAGGAUUCACAGACGGGUCAACUACUUGGGAUAGGCCGUAAAGUUGGACGUCUUUUCGAGCUCUCAUAUCUGCAGCUUUAUUCUUCAACAACCACUUCCAUGGCUGCUGUCACCGUCACUUUCAGUUUUUGGCAUGCCCGAUUAGGUCAUGCCUCGCUUCCACGUGUCCAGUUCUUGGCCUCUCAGGGUCAUCUAGGAUCAGUUAAUUUUCAGUCAUUUGAUUAUGUUUCAUGUCAUCUUGGAAAACAGACACAUUCGUCCUU